GUAUAACUACAUAGAGGUAGGUAAGCAUAUGUACCUUCGAAUGGUCUCUUACAGUGGGCAUUUUUUUACUUCCAUGAUAUUGUACGUGUCAGACAACUCAACCUGUCUCGCUCGCUGCAUGGCCAUUGUUGCUCCUACGGUUUCCACUGGUGAAGCAAACCUGUACAAACGGGGAAAGAAGUACAUACGGAGGUGGGAAGGCCCUCGAGACACAGUUAACCGGACUGAUAAUUCCGCGGCGGACAGUUCGAGACAAGACACCGAACGUUGCUGUAAACACGGUCCAACAGAAGGAAGAGACGAACUGCCUGUGAAGGGGCGCACACCUCCUCAACAGAACAAACACGCCCUCGAAGAAAACAAGGAGAGAAUAACAAAAGAACAGAAACCAAGCCAACCCUCCCUCCCGGAUUCCGGAAAAGAGAAAGGAAUACUUGCUACGUAUACACACAACCAUCCUGACCAUGUCCUCCCACCUGCCACCCUCCGCGCCCGUGAUUUUUUCCCCCUCCGUUGCCCGCGCCGCCGCCUCCGCCGCCAAGGACUGGUCCUACGUCGACUCCUGGCUUCAUGCCAAAUAUGCCCCGCUACAUCUCAAAGUGCCAUCCUUCGAGCGAAACCCCGAAACGCUGAAGGCACUCCUCGCCCUAGCCACCGCCAACGAAGCUGCCGACGAUCCGCGCCAGCAGAUCGCCGACCUGGAAUCUGCCACUCAGGUGAAGCUGAACACCAGCAACGCCACAUCUCUGGACCGAACCGCUGCCCAAGCCCAAGACGACAUCACCCCCUCCUUUCCCUCUCCCUCAGCGUCACUAACGUACCAAGAAGCAAAACAAUCCAUCUUCUCCUUGCUCUCCGCCUCCCUUACACCUGCCGGCCAAGAAUCCCUAACCUCCCUCUCUCACCUCUCCCAAACCCUCUCCCUCCCAAUCCCCCAAGGCGACCCCAUCCACCUCGCAUCCUCUUUCCUCUCCCUAUCAACCGAGCUCAACAAUCUCGAACAGGCCCGACAGCGCCUGGAUCUGCUCAGCUCGCACAUCACCGGCGCCACAGCCUCCAUCGAGAAGCUACUCGUUCGGCUCCGUAGGCACCCCGGCUGCAGCCCAGCUGCGGGAUUGGCCAAGGAAAACCUGGAAGUGCAGCGACGCAUCAGAAUGUUGGCGGGACAGACAUUACCGCAGUUGAAGGAGAAGGUGGCGAACUUGGCGGAUGCUGUUGUUGGGGGUGAUGGUGGUGGUAGUGGUGGUGAGGAGGAGGGAAGAGGCAUGGUGACGGUUGAGCAAGUACGGAGGGAGCAGGAGGCUUAUUUGGAGUUAUUGAGGCGAAAGCACGAAUUGGACGUGAAGGUCCGGGCGUUUCAAGGGUUGCCGCCUGAUAUAGAGCAAGCGAGACGGGCAUUGGAGCUGCUGAGGGAGGGGUUGAGGUCAUUGACGAGCAGGAGGGAUGAGGCAUUCGAGGGAUUGGUCGAAGGGGGAUUAUCGCCGCAAAAAGAGACCGGCACUAAGGGAACGACGGGAAACUCGCGACAGCGACAGUAACCGCAGGAGAAUGGCAUGGUCU